AUGUUCAAGGAUGAGUUCUUGCAACUAGGAGAGCAGGGUGGACGCAACGCAGCCAAGCAGCUUUGGAAAUCCCUCCAGGGCUAUGUCGCGACAAACUUACCCACGAUCGCCGAGCCGAAGAUAAUGACCAAAAUCUAUCUUAACGUAAAGGGACUGGUGGACACUUACAACCGUGGUGGAAUGGCGCUGGAAGUGUCCACUAUCAGUGAAUUUAUUCGCGGUUUCAACGAGAGCGCCUCUUUCUUUGAAAUCGUGGAUGUUGGAACUGGCAAGAGCAAGGCGCAUGAUAAAAUCAAGGAGGCCUUCAAACUUUACUUAUACAACUGUCAUUGUCACCAACUCUUCCUCGGCUGCCCUUCAAAUGAUGAGUAUGCCGGCUCUCUCAGAGAAUUGAUCUCUGGGGCGAAUUAUAAGGGAAGGGUCUCACUGGUUGAAGGCCUGCCGCUCGAGAAGGAGUUCGAUGAUUUCAGGCAACAGGACUAUCGAAUCACCCAGUUCCCUGAUGUUUUCCGGACGACCAAGAUUGUGCCAAAUGUACCCAGCUGGACUGCUCCUUGGAAGAGUGCAAUUCCUUCCCGGACUUUGCUCACUCCCUCGCCAACUCAACAAUUCCAAACACCUGCGCCAUUGUCGCGAACCUCUACCAGCACCAGUGUGUCAAAUUUGGGGGUACCGUUAGCGCCAAUCACCAAUAAGCCCGAUCCGUCAGAUUUCCAGGUUGUUCGCCCAAAAGUUCUGGGCACAUCACCUCCAAAGGUUGUGGAGCGAAACAAGUACGGCCAACGUGUCGACCGACUCGAUUUCAAGAGUAUUCCUCGUGAUGACCUUAACAAGCUGAAAAAGCUUAAGCUCUGCAAUUAUCACUUUUUGCUCGGCGAAUGUCCUAACGAAGAAAGCUGCUAUCAUGACCAUGAUCGCAAAUUAUCCCGCCAAGAUCUCCAUAUUUUGUCUGCUAUUGCCCGUAUGACGCCUUGUCGUUUCGGGCUAGAAUGUGACGAUGUUGAGUGCAUCUAUGGCCACCGCUGCCCCCAGAGCGAGCCGGGUAAGAAGACUUGUUUCCGAGGUGACAGCUGUCGGUUCGAGCCUGUGGCUCACGGCAUUGACACAAACAUCGUCAAAGUCACCAAGAUCUAA